UGUCUGUCCCCGCAAUGGCACCUGCCCUGCCUGUGUCACCCCCUCCCACACCCAGCCCAGCCUCUCCAACCCUUCCCGCACUAACAGACACGUCCCCAGCUCCCAUUUCUCACCCUGUAACCGCUGGUGCCAGAGGAUCAUGGAUUUGCAGCUGGGAAAGAGCUGGGCAGCUGGGGGAGCAGCUCCCUGAAGAUUCAUGCUGGGAACGGGGGUGUCCUGACAUGAAGCUGUAGCUGACUCAGGUUUCAGUGCACUUACCAAGGACCAGGCUCUGGUGGGUCACUACAGGUUGCGCCUUCCUUAAGAAAAUGCCUCUUGCUGCUCUUGACUUGAUUCUGCACCAUUGAACACAAGUGUAAUUUUGCCACUGGAGCCCCUGUCUGGGUUUCAGCCUUCACUGCAAGGAGUGGUGUGUGCAUGGCUCCCUACGCUGGGCAUGAUGGAGCAGGGUUUCUGGACAGAGGUGUAUUCCUGCCAAGGAGCAUCCAGCAAAGCAGUGCUGGUGGGUUCAUCUGCCAUGAGAGUUAUCAAGGCACCUCUGUGAAGGGCAAGGGUCUCUGCAGCUGCUGAGGCCUGGGCUGGGUGCCAGGAGGGUGAAGAUGCUCCUCACCAGCAGCCUCCGCCAGUUGCCUCCAGACAGAAGCCUUCAGGGGGUGCUGGGGGAGAGACCCCAGCGUAUGGAUGAUAUUUGCUCCUGUUUGGAUGGGAAGCAGCACUUGUCCCUGGGCCAUCCCUGCACGUGCCCCAACCUGUGCCCGCUGUGCAGUCGGUGGGGCCUCCAGCCAUGCGACACCCUGCACCAUGCUGCCAGGAUGUGGGACUCUCCCUGACCCCAGUCACAAGGGUGGGGGAGCUCCCUGUACAGACAGGUGGGCAUAGCUCUAACAGCCCUAAAUGCCCCCACCAGCAGUGGGUUCGGGAGGGGGGCGCGUGGGGCAAUCUUCCCCGGGGUGAGUCUCUCUCUUCCUUCCUCCAACAAGCUGGGAGAGGGGACAGCAUCCCAGGGCUGUCUGACAGUGGGACCUAGAGGACUGCUGGGCAGGCAUUGGAAACCCCUGUUGGCACAGUGGGUUGGGUUAUCCCGUCCUGGCUGUGUUCAGAGGAACAAGCCCAGCGAGUGGGUCCUGGAGACGUACUGGUGUUGGCAUUUCUGUGCUGGUGGCCCACUGCUGUCCUAGACAAGGGCAGAGUGCAGUGCCAAGUGCCCCAGUGACCUGAUGCAUUUUAACUGGCUGGCAUUAAAGGGCCAGUUGAAAUACAACGCCCAGGCCUCUCCAGUGUGACGGGCUGGCUGGCAGUGACCUAGCCCAGGGGUUUUGACGGGGUAAAAGAUGAUUGGAGGACUUGGGAUUCCCUUUUGUCACCAAUCAGGCCCCAGAGACUCACCCUCCAUGUCAGCUGACUGGCCCCUGGGGUCACCUGGAGGGGGAUAAAAGGGGCAGCGCAGCUGGCUCAGAAAAGAGACCAGCGAGGGACCACGAGGAAGGAGCUUCAAGGAGCUGGCAAGAGCUGAGCCAGCGGCAGGAGCAGUUGCCCUAGAAGAGCCUGAAGGAGCAGGACCUGCAGGCAGCAGUGGGACCCUCAGCAAUGCGGCGUGCGGUUGGCAGGAGAGGCGUCCUGCUGGGCUCCAGGAUCCCCUGCGAGAGGCUGUGGCCGGCAGGAGCGGCUCCUUCGCUUCAGCAAGGAUGUGAGCAGCGACCUGAGGGGUCCCAGCUCGGCUUCCAGCUCCUCCAAUCAGAGGCCAGGCAGCUCGACGUGAGGCCGGGGCGCCAGGAAAGUCAAGACCCCUAGCAGCAUGGAGCAGCGAGCGCUGGUGGCUGCGUGGCAGUGUUUCUGCCUGCCCUGUGUGAUAUCUGAGUUCAAUUUCUAGCUGGGGUGACUUGGGGUGAGUGAGCUGACAAAAAGCAGAUCUUCUUGCACUUGAAAGGGGACAUUGUGUUUUCCCCCUUUCUCCUUUUCCAGGUACCUAGCCCCUACAUUUCUUGUAAUUUGACAUCUUUGUAUUUUGUGCCUGUUUAUAUUUCCCCAACCAGUAUUGUUUGCUCUGCUUUUGUGGUUUAUGUUUUGUUAACCCUGUCUUUUGUCAAUGAUUGUAAGUGUCUAAACUUUGUCGAAUCCUGCCCCCUUGAGGCAUUGUACUGUCCACUAUACCCCCUGAUUUAUGCCUCUUAUGUUCCCAGUAUUAUUCCCUCAUUAGAAGUUAUAUGGUUAAGUCGCCAGUGGUGGUCUGGCUCUGCUCUAUGGGGGGAGGAGAGUCCCUACACCUCCCACAGCACUUGUGCACCUGCUUUGAUCCCUUCAAUUGGAGAGGGGGUACCUCUUGGAGUGCCCCGGGUUACACCAGUAAUUGGGCUGCAGGCAUCAUCACACCCCUGCGAAUGCAUGUCCCCAAAGGACCCUAGAGGCUAGCGCUCAGUCCCACCCAGGCCCUUUGUUCUUUUCCUGCAAUUGGAGAAGCAGGGGGGCAAUCACAGGGCUGGCCUACCGAUCCCAGCUGUCCAUAGGAGCAGUCUGAACGGCUGGGUAGACCGAGGGACCUGUUUCUGGCUGGGGCUGGAGAGAUGAAGAGAGGCUGGUUCUGAGCACAAGGAAGGCUGUGCAUGGUCCUUGGGUUAGGCCAUUCGCAGGGCAAGAGGCUUGUGAACUCCACUUCUGAGGGCACUGCUACCGGGACAACUGCUUUGGCACGGAUGACUGGCAGAAGAGCUGUGGCGGCAUGAGCUGCUACCGAGGGCAGAGGAGCCAGCAGGUACCGAGCCCCAGGAUCGCCUGGUAUCCUUUCCUAAAGGAGCAGGGCUGUGCAAGCGGGUUCCCCUCCCCACUCCAAGAUCCCCGGGCGCAGGGAGUCACCGGAGGGAGUCAGGGACGGGGUUGCUAGAGCAGGGUUUCUGGGAGACCUGGAGAAAGCAGCAGGGAAUCGCGGCUGUGUGGGAGCUCCAGCAGAGCUCAAUCAAGUGCUGCCGAGAAGGGGCGCUCCCGGUGCCAAGCACAGGGGAGCUGCCUUGGGAAGUGUCUGGGGAAUGGCAUGAGCGAUUGCAGGUGCCCAGAAAAGGUUGGACAAGGGAAGAAACCCUGGUCUCCAGAGCAGCCUCACCUGGGGUCCAGACAGGCACCCCCAUCUUCUGCUCAGAUGACGGCAUCGCUGCCCCUCUUCUGAGGCAGGGCGAGCACCGCUCCCAGGGCCUCUGCUGCAGUCGCUGCACAGUGGGCUAUUUGCGGCAGGCCCAGAGAUUUUGUGGAGACCUGGCUGACUAAGUAAGUGUACAUGCAUGUUAUAAUUUAUCUGAGUGUUGAAGUUGAUAACACAAUAGCUUUUGUUAUAUAAGUAUUUGCUUUAUCUGCUGAUAUAGAUUAUUAUUGAGCUCAUUGAAAAUAUUUUGCUUGUUAUUUAUGAGAUGUUGAAUUUGUCAGUCUGUCAGUUAUUAUUGUGAAUCAUAAAUCACUGUAAAUAGUUAUUUAGUGCGUGGUCUGGUGCGGGGAGGACCACGGGACAGCACUCCACUGAGCGGUGGCUCCCUGCCUGCAAACGGAGUGGGAGUAGACUGAGACUUAUUGGCACCCCAGGAUCCCCCAAAUUUGGACGUAGCUGCAGGUAGCGCUGCUGCCAGCGUUACACUCCUAAACAGGGCCCAGGGCUACUGCCAGCUCCCGUGGCAGACCCAAGGGUGCCUAGAUGAGCUCCUUCACUCCUCAUUGCCUGGUUGCCAGCACUUUAAAUGAAGAUGCAUGUCGUGGGAGAAAACUCCCUGAGGUCCAUUGUCUAGCCGCAUAGAAUCCAGACAACACGGGUAAAGGCUUUUUACUGCAGUUUAUUUUCUCAGCAAAUGACCAUAGCCAACAAAGAGGCAAAUGGCCCCGAACAAAGACUCCAGGAUCUUUUUAUACUUUUUCAAAAGAUAAGGCAACAGUAAUACAUAGCACCCAUAUAAGGGUGAAAAGGCGGUAAAAACUUGAUGCAUGCGUGCUUUUACUUAGUCUGGUACCUUUCCAUAAGCAACAGAAUUAUAAUGCUGCGUUAACAAAAUUCCCCAGCAACAAGCUAUUUUCAGGUUGUCUAAUUAUGGUUCCCAAAACUCUUUAGCUGACCUUUUGGUCUACCUGAUUUUAAAACUUUUUUGCGGAAGCUAAGCAACCGUUAAUGUGUUGCGGUAGCAAAGCAGCAUAGCACCAGACGUUUCCUGAGUCGUGACCACUGUCUUGGAAUAACAGACAUUUCCUGAAUGCAUGAUCCCCGGUGUCUGAACAAUGGCCUCGUGUCUGGUACAUUUUCUAAAUAUACAAACUAGCUUGUUUCAGGGUAGAAAUUUCUUUGCUCACCACACGCAGACCCCUGGCAGCAACCUUGUGUGCUCUUAAAUGGAAGUUAUUCUGGUGCUGGAUGAGCGCUGGGCACUAGAGAGCUCUGGGAAUUGCUAUGGGAAGUGAGGACAGGCUCCGGGGAACAGGCCCGCCGGGAUAGGAGCUGGGCUGCAGCGUGGGACACUUACGUGAGGAUGCUGCGGCGUGAGGAGUUGCCACCGCUGCGCCUGCUCUCCAGCACCCCGGGUGAGGUCUGGGCACAGCCCCCACGGCAGCAAUGAGGGGUGGGCGGCACGGCAGGCUUCAGGCCAACAAGACCUCCCCUCCCAGCAGAGUUAGCCUGGCAGGCCAAGCCCCAGCUGUCCCAGGUCCAACCUGGACAGACCCGGCUCCGUGCCCCCAGCUGUCACCCCCUGCUCUGCACCAGCAAGGUCCUGGGGAGGGGGAGCAGGACUGGCCCCCACGGGGUCCUCACUCUGCCCCUGGCCCAUGCCCAUGCCCCUGCCCGUGCCUUCCCCCUGGCAAUGGCCCUGCUGACCUCUGCUCCCUUGCAGGGUGGGCCGCAUGGGCUGUGGGAUCCCUGUCCUCACAGCGGUGCUCAGUCCCCCCCAGCCUGAUGCUCAGCCCUCAUCUCCCCUCAGCACCACAUGCCACCCUGGGCGCAGGCAGGCAGCAGAGAAACUCCCCCCACAUUAAAUGCACUGCAUUUCUACCUCCCCUGGGGGCAGGGCAGGAGACGAGGGACCCUGCACUCAGUGAGCUUUGGUCCAAUGUGAGCUGGGGGGGUCCUGUGUGGUUGCAUGGGGGGGGGUCAAGGUCUCUGCACGGGGGCCUCUCCUCUCCCUCCUCAGCCUCCAUUCCCAGGGGCCGAGUUGAUUCAACCCUGCGGCACUUUCUUCCACCCUCCAGAUGCCUGUUUGGGCCAGGACACCCCUCCCCAGCCUUACUGACCCUCAUCCCCUUGUCCCUGGGACCCACACCCUGACAGGGGCAUUUGCAUCUCAGGUGACCAGCCACGUCCCUGGGGUCUCUCCCAGACCUGCUGCCUGGAGGGACUCCCACCCGACCCCCGUGGAGAAAGGCCCUGCCCUUGUGCCAUGUAGCACUCCUGGCAGGUGCCACACGCGCUGUGUUCCAGAGGGGCUGGUGGCCCUGUGCCCUGGCAGCAGAGUGGGUCCAGCUGCCGCGUGGCCCCUUGUCUCCCCGCAGGACCAGGAGCAGUGCCGGGGGGAAGUGGAGGGGUGGGGGACACCCUCCCAGCUGUGCUGGGCAGCUCUGCCAGGGGCAAGAUGUGGCCGGACCCUCCCGCUGCAGUGAGUCUGUCCCCUGCCCAGAGGUUGGGGGGCUGAUCUGUGGGUCAGGGGUCUCUCACCAGGUGGCCUUUGCCCCUCCCACCCCCAUGCAGUACACAAGACCCUGGGGAAGAGUGUCACUCUCUGCCGACUCCACGGGCCCUGCAAGAAUAAGGGAAGGGGUCAUGGGCUGAUCCCCCGAUCACAGGGACAGUCCUUCCCAAACCAGAGUGUCGGAGGGGACCUGGGACCUUGAGCUGGGAGGUGGGGGCUCACAUGAGACAGGUGGUAACAACCAAGCACUGGCACCCCGGAGCCCAGGUCUGUGAGCCCUGCCUGGCCCCAGUGUUACGGUUGCCACCAUCCCUGAACCCUGGGGAGAUGGGGAACUCGCUCUCCAGGGGAGUCCAUUGCCCCAGCAGCUCUUUCCUUCCCCAGCGGGAGAAACACCAUGGCAGGCAGCGUUGCCAGCAGCUGGAGCUGAAGGCGCUUUGGGCCUGGCUGGCACAGGCAGAGCAGGACAUCGAAGUCAUCCUGUCCUGCGCACGACAAAGGGAGGAGCGUCUCCGGGCCCAAGUGGAGGCGCUGAGGAGCCAGAACCUGUUACUGGUGCUGGCCCUCAAGGCCCAGAGAGAACAGGACCAGGAUCAGGAUGACAGCCCCACGGAGACUCCCAUGGAUAUGGAGGGGAUAGCGGAGGAGUGCUGGCCACCCUGGAGGGGGACCAUUAACCCCUACCAGGAAAUGGAGACAGUGUCCCACGAGGACAAGCGGACCCAGACCAACCUGCCCCUGCAUGCAGAGGCCAGCACCCAGGCAGAGGGCCCUGGGCAUGAACACACCAGCACCCAGACCAGGGCCCUCUGCCUAUCUAAGAUGGGGUGCCAGACCGAACCCCUGCCCGUGACGAAUGCAAACACCCAAAGGUUGGCCAACGCCAACAACGACCAGGACACGGGGAGAGGUAUGGUGCCUUUUGUAGUGUUAGUUUGUGAGCCUGGGAUCAGAGCUCGGUGGAACCUGGGUGAUGAUCAGGUCCUCUUCUGCCUCCAGGCAGAUCAGGAUGACCUAUGAUGCCCAUCCCUCAGGGUGCCAGUGCCCGAAAAAAUGCAGCUUUCCCAUCUGUUAGUCCCACAUCAUGUCUGCCCCUGAAGCCUGUGCUCAGGCAGCAUGAUGCCACAUCUUAGGAGGGGAUUGGUCCCAGGCUGUAUGAAGCCCCAGGAGGCGGGUGGGAGAGCUUCUUACCUUUACUGUAAAGAAGUUCUUCCUAUGUCUAAUGUAAAUCUGCUCUGUCAGUUUGUGGCCAUUACUUCUCUUAUCACAACAGGCACCCUGGUAAAUACAGUAUCUCCUAUUUCAUUCUGCCCCCCGCCACCUCCUGAUGAAUUUGUAGAUGGCCACAGGUCACCUCUCAGCCUUCUCUGGCAGAGGCUGAAGACAUCCAAGUCCCUUAGUCUCUGUAGGAUCUUACCCGCAGGCCGUGAACUAUAUGAGUGGCCCUCCUCUGGACCCUCUCAAGGUUAUCCACAUCCCUCUUGAAGUGCGGCAUCCAAAACUGGACAUCAUUUUCCAGCUGCACCCUUACAAAUGCCGCAUAGAGGGGAAGUAUCACCUUCCUCGACCUGUUUGUGAUGCACCUGCUAAUUCAUGAUAGACUGUGGUUAGCUUUACUUAUCACUUUGUCACAGUGACUACUCAAGUUCAUCUUGGUGCCGACUAUGACUCCAAGAUCCUGUUCUUCUGCUGUGCUGCUUAGAAAGUCAUCUCCCAGGUUGUAAAUGUGACAGUGACUCUUUCUCCCUAGGUGCAGCACUUAGCACUUGACUUUAUUAAACUACAUCCUAUUCUGUCCAUGA